UCACUGGUACCAUCGUAUUUCUUAUAAAUAUACAAAUAUCCCCUCUGUUUUCUUACAGGUUGACAAAUUGGAUAUGUCUGUUAGUUUAUUUUUUAACUUACAACUUCUUUCCCUGUUCUCUUCUUUCUGUUCUUUUAUCUAAGCAAUCCAACCAAAAACACCUGUUUGUCACUCGUUAUGUUUUCCAACGUGUUUUUGGCUGCAACGUUGUUGUUGUCCCUCGUGAACACAACAAUAGCCGACCGUAAUGUCUGGUCUAAAUCAGUUGACGGUGUCGGAGCAUUAAUGCAAUUAAACACUGAUGUUCCAAAAACUACAGGUUUUGCUGCUACCUUCUACAGCUACCCAUGGGGUGACUUUAUACCAUUUUGGAAAGACUCCUGGGUUCAGGAGAGCUAUUCUUUCAACACCAUAAGAGCUACUGCUAAUGCAGUUACAUCCCCAAAUUUUUCUCUCAACGGUGGAAAUCAGAAUCUUUAUGGUCUGUACAACAUCAACAUGGAAAACGUUGUUAUCGAAUUGAAAGGUUAUUAUUCUCCAACUGCAAGCGGUGUUCAUAGAGUGACAGCCAAUGAAAUCAAUGAUGGUGGAUUUAUUUGGAUUGGCCAAGGUGCUUUUGAUGCAUGCUCUCAAGAAUCUGAUAGCAACUCAUACGACGAUGUUCUAUUAGGAGUCAGAAGCGAUCACGCUCAUUCUUCAUACAUUUAUCUUGAAGCUGGUCUUUUAUAUCCAAUUAGAGUUGUCUACUUCAACGUCCAAGCGCAUGCUCAAUUGCAAUUUCAAAUUGUGGAUCCAAACGGUAAUAUCAUUGACAACUUCCAAAAUGUUUACAAUUUCCCUCUCAGUGCUAUAGAAGGCUGUAAAUCUACCACUAGAACUGAUGAUGCCUCUGUUUCUACUGUUACAGUAAUUGCAGCAAGCGAUACAGUUAUGUACAGUCCAACUACCGAUGCAGCUGGAUCUACUUACUACGUUAAAGAGGUUGUUGUUGCCUCACCUACUGCUACGGUGAGUCAAGCUUUAACCUCCUCCACAACAUAUACUCAUUCUCAUGCUGUUUUGACUGGUAACUCAUCUGCAACUGGUUGCAAUUUUGACCUAGCUCGCGUUUCUACCACUCCCGGUUUCCAUGCUACAUUUUUCAAAUACGAGUGCUGUAACGUCAAUAACUCGAAGUAUUAUGCCAACAGUUACACUGAGCAGUCUGUUAUUGGUACUGCCCACGGUAUCUCCAGUCCAAACUACUCUAUCCAUGGUGGUAUCCAUACUGAUACUAUCUACAACGAUGUGAAGAUCAACAGUGGUCUCGGUUAUGUCAACCAAUUGACUGGUUACUUUUACGCUCAAGAAAGUGGUUUGUAUGCAUUUACCAUCAAGAACGUUAAUGACGGUGCCAUGGUCUGGUUCGGAAACAGUUACGCAUUUUCAUGUUGCCAGCCUGACGAAAUUCCUUACAACUCUGAUAUCGGAGCUCUCAUUUUCACUACUGGUGAUGAUGUCACUGCUUAUGUUCAUUUUGAUGCUGGUCAAUACUACCCAAUGAGAAUUGUUUUGGUCAACAUUCUUUUGGACUCGCAAUUAGACAUUAUGGUUGUUACUCCAAGCGUUAUUCUACAUGAUAACUGGUCUGACUGGGUUUAUUCCAUUUCUGAUGUGGAAAGCGGUGCAUGUCCAUACAGCUCCUCCUCAUCAUCUUCUAGUAGCUCUGCUACUUCCUCAAACACUUCUGGUGCUUCAUCUGGUGCUUCAUCUGGUACUCCAUCUAACACCCUCGAACACAUCUGGUGCUUCAUCUGGUACUCCAUCUAACACCUCUGUGCAUCAUCUGGUAGUCCAUCCA